UCAGGAGGAUGAAAAUCUACUGGGUGGGUGGGAUUGGUUUGGGUCAGAAUCUGUUUCCAGGAGAAGCAGCAGGAUGUUCAGUCCCGUUUAAGAAAGGAUGAAUGUUUCUGUUGAAUGCAGCUCUGGUGUUGGAAAAAAGCAGACAAAGUUUUAGGGAUUUAAAAUGAUGCCAUGUUUGAGGCAUCGCCCUCAUUUCUGACAAGAUGACCUAUUUCUUCUGGUCUUCAUGAAGGUCUCUCCAGGCCGGAGGAGUUAAAGUGUCUUUGAGAGGACAUGUUAUAUAGAUUUGGCUAAAAGAAAUGCUUCUCCUCUGUAGGGUGGUCAGGAUCUGCUUUAGAGACGAGGUAAGGAGCUUUGAGAAAUGCUGCUGGAAGUUUUCCUGGCACUCUAAACUCCAUAUAUUCCUGUAGCUUAGGAGCCCCCUUGGAAUCAUCUAGGAGGAGCUGGCUAGAGAGAUGGCUGGUCUUCUCUGCUGGACUUGUUUCCUGAGAGACCUGAGCUCAAACAAGCCAAAUAGGACCACUCUCCAGUCUCUGAAAGUUGAACUGAAGGUUUCAGAGGUUUUGACAUUAGAGUUUAUGGGAGGGAAAACGUCCAGAAGCCUUUAUAGUCGCACUAUUCAGCAGAUCUGCUGUGCAGGUUAAAUGUUCAGAAUGAUGGACGGUUGAGGAUCCACAUCCAGACACUUUAGAGCAUUUCAGUGACUCAACUGUAGGUUCUACGAAGCAUUCCUUAACCGAGCUUCUUGACGUUUGGACCAUAAAUGUUGAUUGAGAAUAAAGUUGCAACUCCAAUGAAUAAAAGUUCAUUAGAAACAGUCACUGUGUAUAAAAUAAGCUUCAUGGUGUCCACUUCUCUGGACAUCAUGAGAGGCAUCUGGGAACAUGGACUGUAGUCAGACGGAGCAGUUCUCCAGAUGUUCGUUGAAACACCGGUCCCUGCAGCCAUGCUCUGCGAUGGUAGGAGGCAGUAUCAUGGUAUGGGCUGGUAUCAUGUCCUCUUGUGAUGGUAGCAGCUGGUGCCUUCAGGACCAACCUUUUCCAGAGUCACUAAGAUGAUGGAAAACCACAUUCCUUAACGAGAGAACUUUAAAUGUCGGACUCAUUCUGUCACCUGUGGGAUAAGUGAAUGUCGGAAUCAGAUUCUGAUUUUAUUCCAGUUUUGCUCAGCUGAGUUUCACCAGCUAACUGACACCUGAUGGCAGGUGUGUUUUAGCUCCUCCUCAAGUAAGUGCUUUUGGCUCCUCCUCCUGCAGGUGUACUCUACCUGUGUAUCACAGCUUCCUGGCUGCUCUCAUCCUGUCUCCACAGUUCAGAUGUAUCAGUCUCACCUGUUGUCCUGCAGACAUGUUGGAUAAGGCAGUAGGACUUGGAGCUGUGACUGUGCUGGGAGUUCUGGAGCAAGCUUAUUUUUCCCUUCAGGUAAUUUAUGCCAGGAGGAAGUACAAGGUCUCCCCACCCACCACCAGCGGGCCGGCAGGAUUCGAGCGGAUCUUCAGAGCUCAAGCAAACUGCUCAGAGUACUUCCCCAUCUUCAUCACUGUAAUGUGGACAUCUGGAGUCUUCUUCAGCCAAGGGCUGUCCAGCGUCUGUGGUUUGCUGUAUUUAUAUGGACGUCUGCGUUAUUUCUGGGGUUACACGGAGUCUGCAGAGGGACGUCUGGCUCCACUCUACUUCAGCGCUCAGGUUCUCUGGGUUCUGAUCGGGUUCUCGGCUGUUGGCGUUCUCCUCUCGUUCUGCCAGGUUUACCUGGACAUCGAUCUACUGCAGGAGUUCUGCUCACUGUGUUUUCCUCAAUUGCUGUUGUGGUACUGAUAAUAUUUUCUAACUGCUGUAAACUGAACCACAUCAAUAAACAGAACACCAUCGAUUCUUCA